AUGAGACUUGCGCCUGCCCUCCGUUCGUUGGCUCGGUUUGCCGCCGUGCCCCGUCGUUCGCUUGCCCAGCACCAAGGACUGCAGAUCCGCUGCCUGCACUCCUCGACUCAGUUCUUCUCAAGUGCCGCUUCGCAGCUCGUCGAAUGUCUGGAGGGAGAGAUACGCGCUGAAAAGGAACUGGAAAGCCAAAGCCUUUCCCAGGCGUCGUUCCCUGGUUUCAAUGUCACGACGAAUGGCGCUGAAGUUCGGCUGACUAAGAAGCACGGGAACGAAGACAUUCUUGUGAUCUUCAACGUCAACCACUCGGUGGACGUAAACGAGGAUGCGGAAGGCGAGGCACCUGAUGCCGCCCCAGUGCCGGUAGCUCUGCCGCCGUUCCAAGUUGAGAUCACGAAGGGCCCGGAACGCCUCUGUUUCCACCUGGAGGUUUGCGAGGGCGCCAAUCAGCAGUACGAUUUCGCCGUCGAGGAAUUUUAUAUCGCCAAUGCUGCAAAGGGCAACGAGGAGGAUGUGGCCAGCCAUGUUUACGCAUCCAGCGGCCAAUACAUCGACUCGAACCUGCACGAUCUGCUCUUCGUCCGCUACCUAGAAGAGCGUGGACUUGAUACCCACUUCUGCAACACGCUCGUCCAAUAUGCCACGCACUAUGAACACUCGCAAUACGUCGGCCUGCUCAACAAAAUCAAAGAAUUCGUGACCAAA